UCCGAGCCAGAGAUUUGCUAGUCAUUCCCGGACCGGAAGCGGAAAGCGAGCUCUGCAGGCACCGGGUGGUCAGGAUGAAGGAGGCUACGGCAAAAAAACGGGAACCGGAGGAUGUGGAAAUGAAAGAGGAAGAGCCGGCGGCCGGGAGCAGCACCGGAGAGGGAGGGAAGAAGGAGCUGGACAGUGUCACCCUGGAGGAUAUUAAGGAGCAUGUGAAGCAGAUAGAGAAGGCAGUGUCUGGAAAAGAGCCAAGAUUUGUUCUUCGUGCACUGAGAGCGCUGCCAUCCACAUCCCGUCGUUUGAACCCCAAUGUCCUGCACAAAGCGAUUAAUGGCUUUUUCACCUCCAAUGCUACCACCCGUGACUGGAUGCUGAGCUUCUUGGAGGAGAUGAUGGAUACAGAGGGAGAUUUACAGUUCAGACCAAGAACAGGAAAGGCUGCCUCGGCCCCUUUGCUCCCAGAGGUAGAAGCUUACCUGCAGCUUCUUCUGGUGAUAUAUCUGAUGAACAGCAAACACUACACAGAGGCGCAGAAGGUGUCAGAUGACUUGAUGCAGAAAAUCAGCACUCAGAAUCGACGAGCUCUGGAUCUCGUAGUAGCAAAAUGUUAUUACUACCACUCUCGCAGCUAUGAGUUCCUCAACAAGCUAGAUGUUGUCAGAAGCUUCCUGCAUGCAAGACUGCGCACAGCCACACUCAGGCAUGAUGCUGAUGGACAGGCUACACUGCUCAACCUUCUUCUUAGAAACUACUUACAUUACAACCUGUAUGAUCAGGCGGAAAAACUGGUGUCCAAAUCGGUAUUUCCUGAGCUGGCUAACAACAACGAGUGGGCUCGCUAUUUGUACUACACAGGUCGGAUUAAGGCUAUUCAGUUGGAAUACACUGAAGCCAGAAGGACUCUGACUAAUGCUUUGAGGAAAGCCCCUCAGCACACAGCGGUGGGCUUCAAACAGACGGUCCACAAGCUUUUGAUUGUGGUAGAACUUCUACUAGGUGAAAUCCCAGAUCGUCUCCAAUUCAGACAGCAUUCGUUAAAGAGGUCCCUUAUGCCUUAUUUCCUCCUUACCCAAGCUGUCCGUACAGGCAAUCUGUCCAAGUUUAAUCAGGUGCUUGAGCAGUUUUGUGAGAAGUUCCAGACAGAUGGAACGUACACACUUAUCAUCCGACUGAGGCAUAAUGUCAUCAAGACAGGUGUGCGUAUGAUCAGCCUAUCAUAUUCCAGGAUCUCUCUGCCUGACAUUGCCCAGAAGCUCCAGCUUGACAGUCCUGAGGAUGCUGAAUUCAUAGUUGCUAAGGCAAUCCGUGAUGGAGUCAUUGAAGCCAGUAUUAACCAUGAAAAGGGUUAUGUCCAAUCUAAGGAGAUGACUGACAUUUAUUCCACACGGGAGCCCCAGCUGGCUUUCCACCAACGCAUUUCCUUCUGUUUAGACAUUCACAAUAUGUCCGUCAAGGCUAUGCGAUUCCCUCCCAAGUCAUACAACAAAGAUUUGGAGUCGGCAGAGGAGCGGCGUGAGCGGGAACAGCAGGAUUUAGAAUUUGCUAAAGAAAUGGCCGAAGAUGAUGACGAUGGCUUCCCGUGACCUUGACUUUACCCACCCUCACUUUGUUCUGUUUAUAUUAGGGUUUAUUUUUUUUUCUCCGGUUUUGGUUUCAAGCCCUUCCUGGUACACCCCUCGUCCUUUCCCCUCCACGUUGGCCAUUUUUUAAACAGUCAUAAGCAUACAUCCGUGCAGCAGAGAACUGGAAGGUUUCUCCAGCAGGCUUUGAAGCAACGGACUGCAUCUUCUAUUAUGAUGUAUUUAUGAACUCUUCCUAACUGGCACCCCUCUACUGUGCCUCCCAUUAUAGAUUUAUUUUCCUUGUCUCGGCCUUUGAGAUUGUCCACACUGAUGUCAUCCUACAGUGUUUUACUUUAUACACCACCCUUGGAUAACCAGCAGCCCCUUUCUAGGAACUUCCAACUGUCUGUGCACACCUUGCCUGGGUGUUGGCCGUGGUAGUGUUCCAAGGAAUGGAGGGUCAUGGGUUACCCAGAUGUGGUCAAAACCAGUGUUUUUUUUUUCUUAUUUUUUUUUUCUUAACUCCUGUACCCUCAAAAUCAUGUUUUUAGUGUUUCGUUACUCUCGCACAAGUGCUUCAACUGUACAGAUGGCUGAACUGGUGAUUUUUCACAGCCAUGCUCACUGUGGGAAAUUCUCCAAACAUGACCAGUUGGGGGUACUGCAGAAUUAGAGCCGAGAACCACUGUUGUUCUACAAUAGGUCACAAAAACAUUUUGGCCUAAUGAGUUUUGCAUUUUCUGCCAAUAGUUUUAAUACUCACACUUCAGCUGUAAAGAAGUGUAAUAUACAAUGACCCGGAGUCAUAAAGUUCCACUUAAGAUCUUGUACAUCUGAUUAUUUUUUUGUUACUGAUCAAGACUGUAAGGUGAUGACAUGCAUCAAGUUUUGUUCGGCUCUUUACUAACUCAUUAAAGGCUGUUUGUAACCAAA